UCAUAUUUGACCUUUACAUAUUUCAAUUGAGUACUUCACUCCACUUCAUACUUCUUAUGCUACACAAGUAUCGAAGUGAUAAUUAAGAUAGGAUAGCUUCAUAUAAAAAUGGGUUGAAGUCUUGAAGAACAUUCACAAGUGUAUUACUAUUAUUUUUCUUUAUUCAGAAGUAUAUAUAUAUUUUUUAUUUAAGAUUUUAAGUCUAUGUUUCAAUAAACAAUCAGCAGCCCGUCUAGCUCAGUUGGUAGAGCGCAAGGCUCUUAACCUUGUGGUCGUGGGUUCGAGCCCCACGGUGGGCGUCCUAUUUAUUUUAUUAUUUGAGAGGUUUCAUUUAUUUUAACCAAAUUAUCACUUAAAAAACCAUAUAUUUGAAGAAGAAACCAAGUUCGAACAUUGUAUUCUUGGCUUUAUUAAGAUGCAUAAGAACACACCAGCUUUUAUCAAAAUUAAUAAAAUAAAAAAAUUGAACACAUAACAACAAAGUUUUUGAGGAGUGUGGAUUUCUACUUGGCCUUUGAAUUUUGAGGACUGGUCUACUUGGUUCAGCCAACUCCACUCCAGUUUGAAUUUUGAAGCUAAAUGUUAAUACAGUGAAUGUAAUUAGUGAAAGUGAAGUCUAGAUCGAGAUUCUAGCUAGAACUGACUCCCUUAAUGGUUGUGUUGUAAGCUGCUAGUGCAGUUGCUUGAUUGAAUAAAAUUCCUUUCCUUUGCUUCCAAAAAAAAAAAAGAACAGCUUUUCUUGAAAUGAUAAAGAAGACAAGAAAAAAAACAACAACAAAACAAAAGGGUAAUUGAAAUCAUUUCAAAAGUAUAAACUUUAUUGAGGUGCCAACCUCUACAAAUAAACAUGUGUAUUCUAUUGAAAGAGAAUGGGGUGAUUACUGUUAACGGUGAGGCUCUCCUUAAAGCACAUAGGCAUACAUACAUAGCAGUCUGUAUCCUAUUAAAUUUUUUGUCUGUAAAUGAAAUGGGCAAUCAUUACUAUCCAUCCGUGAUCCACCGAGUUGCAUUUCCUGUGCAUGCUUCCAACAUUUAACGUACCACUACUUAAUGGUGUGGGACAGACUCCAAGAGAGAAAUUAAGAUUAUUUGCUUAUGUAUGGAAAUUUAUAUAAUCUGCCACUGCCCAUUUCAGCAUUUCUCCCUGUUGGCUCUACAAUAAUGCUGCCUUAUAACACCAUCAACGAUGCAGCCGCCGUGCUUGGGCGGAACCUCACCUAUGCCGAGACUCUGUGGUUCAACUACUCAGCUAGCAAGUCUGAUUUGUUCCUCUACAGCCAUAACACUAUCUUCCUCAUUCUUAUCUUCUCUACCGUUCCUCUUCUUCUCACCCUCUCCCUCGAGAUUCUCCGAUCACCACUUGGUUUAGACAAGUACAAGAUUCAGCCCAAAGUUAUGCUGUCAUUUUCUGAGAUGUUCGGUUGCUACAAGGAUGUUAUGACAACCUUCCUCCUCGUUGUUGCUCCUCUCCAACUCCUCUCUUACCCUUCUAUUCAGAUGAUUGGGAUUAGAACAGGGCUGCCAUUGCCAUCUGGGUGGGAAAUUUCUCUUCAAUUGUUUGUUUAUUUCUUGGUGGAGGAUUACACAAACUACUGGGUCCAUAGAUUUCUUCACACCAAAUGGGGUUAUGAGAAAAUUCACAAAGUGCAUCAUGAGUUCACUGCUCCAAUUGUAUUUGCAGCUCCCUAUGCCCACUGGGCUGAGAUUUUGAUGUUGGGUUUCCCAGCUUUUCUUGGCCCGGUUAUUGUUCCAGGACAUAUGAUCACAUUCUGGUUGUGGAUGGUUUUAAGGCAUAUUGAGGCCAUUGAAACUCACAGCGGGUAUGACUUUCCUUGGAGCCUGACAAAAUGUAUUCCAUUCUAUGGAGGAGCUGAGUAUCAUGAUUACCAUCACCGAAUUGGACAACAUAGUCAAAGUAACUUUGCUUCAGUUUUUACCUACUGUGAUUUCAUUUAUGGAACUGACAAGGGAUUCCAAUAUCACAAGAAGAUCCUCAAGAAGCUGAAGCAUGAAAGUUACAAAACACAGAAUGGAGGGUCAUACAACUGUUCAAGUCUAGAUCUUAACAAGUUCCAUUAGUGAAGAUUUCCUGGCUAUGUUUAUUUAAUAAUAUAUCGAAUUGUAUAGUUUCUAGUGUAGUUCAUAAAGGAGAUUUAAAAUAAAAUAAAAUGAAAUGAAAAGAAUGCUUACUUUCCAUUAUUUUGAGUUGUUUUUUUUUUCAUAAAACUAUGUAAUACAUUGUUUAAACAUAGUACCAAUAUAAAA